GAUGAGAACAGGGAGUUCUGUACAUGCAAUGUCGAUAAACAGCGCUUGGACUUUUGGAUUUUGGACGGUAACAAAUCCUAAGUGAGCCUGUCCCCCAUCCCCGGGUCGGGAUGCUGCGCCUGGGGCCAUUGGCGUUGGGCAUGAGGGCCCCCCUGGAAGUGCUGGCUCUGGGCCUGUGCUUCAUGCUUACCCCCACCCCCUCACACUCCUACAUCUAUGCGCACUACAGCAAUAUGACACCAAUGUCAUUUGAGGAUCGAUCUGCCAUGUUUGGUUCCCUCUUGCCCAUAGAAGGGCUCAUGGGUGUUUUGGUGGAAGCCCGACCUCAAAAUGCGUGUACACCCAUCGACCCUCCCCCACCUUCCCCAACUCCCAGCGAUGCCAACCUCACUAAGUACAUUGUGCUCAUCCGUCGCUUCGACUGCAAUUUCGACAUAAAGGUUCUUCACGCUCAGCAGGCUGGGUUUAGUGCCGCCAUUGUCCACAACAUGUACUCUGACAUACUCCUCAACAUGAACUUCAGCAAUGUAACUAUUGCGGAGGAGAUAGAGAUCCCUUCUGUCUUCACCAGCUACUAUGCAUCCCAGGUCUUGCGUAACUUCAUUAUACCGGAAAAGGGGGCCUACGUCAUCCUGAAGCCAGACUUCCCAUUCCCACUGGCCUACUACCUCUUCCCGUUCACCGGAGUGGUUGGCAUGAUCAUCCUGGUCAUGAUCGUAAUAAUGAUUGUACGCUGUGUCCAGUACAGGAAGAGGCUGAGGAAAAACCGGCUCACUAAGGAACAGCUGAAGAAGAUCCCCAUUCACAAGUUCAACAAAGGCGAUGAGUACGACGUGUGUGCCAUUUGCUUGGACGAGUACGAGGAAGGUGACAAGCUGCGCGUCCUGCCCUGCUCACACGCCUACCACUGCAGGUGUGUGGAUCCCUGGCUCACCCAGACCAAGAAGACGUGUCCCGUGUGCAAGCAGCGUGUGACGCGGCCCAGCCCCGAGCACGCCGAAACCUCCGACUCGGAAGAAGACGCCGGCUCUCGCACGGACGAGGAGGGGGCCGUGGGGCCCGGCGUUCUGGUGGUGCCGACCAACGAGCACAGCUCAGAGCGGACGCCGCUGUUGCGCUCCAAUCCAGCGUCUCCGCUCUCAGUCAGCCCGCCCCCUGCCACCUACGCUUCCACCAUCGCCACGGUUAGCGCCGUCACCACGGUGACCACCGCCCAGUGCCUGACGCACACGCCCCAGCGCGACUCCCCUCUGCUGGGCUACGAUGGCUACUACUCGCCCCAAGAGGACACGGAUGAUGGUGAUGAUGACGAAGACGAGGAGCUCGAAGUGGAUCAUGGACACCCGUCAGACGAUGACACAGCACAGCUCAUUGGCCGAGGGCCGGUGGGCGUCUGAGAGCAACCGCAAAAACGGAUUCGCGAUUGGAGAGCGUUAGUAAAAACAACCCUUUUUAUUUGAAGGAGCCCCAGGGGUCUGGUUCACUUUUUUAAAGUUUGUUUUUAUGUUUAGUUUUUUUGUUUUUUAAGAAUUUAAAAAACAUCAGCUUGGCUUGGCGAAAGAAAACAAAAAGCUGACUAUUUUUUAUUUCACUAUUUUUAUUUUUAUUUGCUGUUUAGCAAACCCUAAAAUCUUGUCAGCGAGACUGACAUGCUUCAAUAAUACUGUUAAAAGCUGAUGGUGACACUUUGAUCAUUAAAUGGCUUGUUGCUUUUUGUAAGAGGAAGGUUAAAACUGUUGCUAUAUUUGAAUAAGAGCCGAGCUUUGCUGCGGGUCCUCUGUGUACACCCCCUGUCAGUUAUGUAGGAAAUGGGGUGGGAAGAAUAUAGGGGGGUAUGUUUUUAAAAUCUCCUUUAUUUUAACCCAUCCCUUUUUAAGGUGGCAUUUAAACACCUUGUAGUGGUAAAUCUUUCUCACACACAUUAGCUGCGAUCUGUUUUACUCUCUCACCCUGGCUUUUUCUCUCAGGCAAGCAGACCGCACAAACUACCGCACAUGCAAACACGCUCAGAUGUGUGCAUCUUGUGCAAUAUGGACGAGUGGCCAGUCAUAUUGUGUCCACUAACACGAGUCUGUUCCCAACGCUGUCAUGUAUGUGCAAUCAUCUACCCUCUUUCCAAAUGUAUUAGUCACUCCAGAGAAACAGAAAUACAAUUUGUAAUGCUCUGACCUUGCUAACUGUUGCACCAUUGUUCAGCUAUUUGUACCUGUUUUUGUUUCUGUUUUUUUGUUUUAUUGUUGUUGUUUUUUUAAAUUGCAGUAACUAUCAUUGCGUCAUACUCGUCUGUUACGGUGGUUUUGUGUUUUUAAUGCUACGCCAUUGUCGAUGAUGAUCAUGAUUUUUAUGUUAAAGUCUCACUGAGCGCCGUGACAUGCACAGAGUAUUCCGGUUUCAAACAGAAUAUAAUCUGUAUUUGGUUUAAAACAAUUUCUGGCAUAUUCCGUUUACAUGCGUGGAGCAGCAUUCUGUAACCGCAGUGUUUCCGGCCACGGCCACAUUCGGAAUGAGUAGAAUUUACAUGACUCGUGCACAACCCGAAUGCUGCUACCAUUCCAUUUAAAAUGAGAAUAUUCCUUGUGUGUUAUUGCGCUCAAUGUUGAACUUUCAAAGCGAAGCGCUGAUCGUAGGUCAGGGUAAGUGAGUGAGUGAGUGUGAGGGACGAUGUGUCCACUGCAGUAAGAGUGCACUACACACACACACCACACCACACCACUUAACUGUCUGUCUCCUCAGCUGUUGAGUCAGGGCUGUCAUUCCCUCCCUCCCCUAAACUCUCAUUAACAUCCACUGUCUUGGAGAUCAUCUAGCUUUUCCUUUUAAAGUAAUGGAAUGUCGACAUGUGAAGGGACUAUUCUCUAUAGCGUUAGUAGGUCAUUUUAUAUAUGGGUGCCGCACAUUUGCUCUGUGUGUGAAUGGUUUACUCGGCCUCGCAUUUAUAACACACGCUUUGUUUGGUCAUACAUACAUUGUGGUUAAAUGGUCUUUCUGUCAAUAUAUUCCAAAAAGAAAAAAAGCGCUCUCAUGUCUCUGCUUUAGUACAGUCAAAAGUAUGAUUUUUUUCUCUGCUGCUUAAAACGCAUCUAAACCCGGUCAUCAAGUUGUGUCUGGUUUUGGGGGUUCCUAUAAUGGGAGAGGAGGGUCACGAUGCCCUUAGUUGGCAGUAGUUAUUAGUUGUCACCUUUUAAAUCUGUUAUCCAUUGAAAAUCAUCGAAAGCUAUUUGAAUGUGUGUAGUUUCUACUCAAAUUGAUCUUUGUGUUAAAAAAAAUCUGUAAAUAUUAUAUAUAUUUUUAAUUAAAAGAGUUCCUGUCAAAAGGUCAAACCUUGCGAAAGUCAAGGUGUAAGGUGUACUAAAAUAGAAUUUGAAAGGAAAUGAAAGCACAUUUGGAUAAUGUUAAAAGCUAGGUAUCUGUAGGAUCGUCUUGACAACCACACCCAGAGCGGGGACCAAGUUUUUGUUAUAUGAACAUUUGCCGAUAUUUCCCCCCCAUUUACCAUGUAUGAUCAAUGUUGUGUCUUUGAUGCCUAACUUUGCUGACAGUUUCUUUAGGGGAUGUACUUUCCUUACCUUUGUGCCAUAAAGAAAACAAUUUUA